UCAGUUUUGAAGUCUUUGUAUUUGAAGAAAUCGUAAAACUCCAGUUGGAUUGUUUACAGGUCAAGCAUGAAUUGAUGUCCGCGGUGCGCAUGCGUUACUGAUACACCGCCGCUAGGGGAGCUAUUGAGCUCAUCGGCUCUGAGUCUGACGUUGAGAAGAAAAGACACACAGCAGCAGAGCUAGACCGAUGUUAUGGCCCCGUUUAUCACUCCAUCCAGAGUUUGCGCUGCUGUGAAGUAGCUACAACUCCAAAGGCGGGUAAGACGUUACACUCUAGCGUGGGUUUGCUGAUCCUGACAUAUUGUAAUAUCCUCGCUGAGAAAGACUUGUCUUGUUGUUGACGUCUGCUUCAUGUCUGGUAGGGACAGGUGUGGCUAACUUACCAACCUGCUAGCUAGUUUGCUAACUUGAAUACAGUUAAGGGUAACUGCGCUAACGUAAGGUGUCUGUUGGCCAGCUUUUCAAAACUACAUGAGGGUGCGAACGUUGACAUUGAUUAGGUCUAAGCAAGCGUUCAGUAUGGUGUUUUAGAUAAGCUAAUCGCUAAUUAGGCAGCUCUGGUGUUCCGCGGAAAAGUGUUACCCUUUAGGGAAUGCUACCAAGCGGCUCUUCGCAUGCGCAGAGAUACGAGCUCAGGCGCCUUUCAUUGUAACUAUCGAUAAAUACAAAAAGUUAAAUACAUUAUUAUUUCUGUGAUUAGACAAUAGAGAGACACGGUUACCUUUAGAUAAAGACAGAAAUGUAGCGAGUAGUAGUGCUGCAUAUCGUGAUAAUGUAACAUGAGCAUUACUUAGUCGAGGAUGGUGACGUGGCACGGUAGCAUUUUUCAACAGAACACCGGUCCUCAGGCAGCUCACUGUGUGCAGGUGGGGACGCCGCUCUGGGUUUCCAUGGCCGUCGGCUGAUGGGCGAAGCGAUGCGGCACCACUGGCUGCUCCUCGGGGCUUGCGGCUGGGUGCUGCUCAUCCUCAUGUUUGUCAGCAAGUUCAUCAGCUUCAGGGCGAUAGAUGGUAAGCUGUUGUCCCAAGCAUUGCUAACUGCAGAGAGUCAGGUGUGCUGUAUUACAGAAACCUAAUCAGGUUUCUCUUAACUUGUGUUUUCAGACUAUGGAGAGAGGACUGUUGGUCAGAACUGGACUGUGCCUGGCACCAAGCUGGUUAAACCCAACCCUGUGCUCAGUUUGGAAAAGCCGGUUCCAAAGACAGGCAUGAAGCCAUCAGAUAAGGUAAUAAAUGCAGCUCUUUACUAUCAACAAAACGACCCUCAAAGUUAAUUAAAAGUAGGGCCCAACCGAUUUCUCGGUCACAUCGAGUUAACGGUGAAGCACCAUGUAAUAUGCAAAUUAAAGUUCGAGUUAGCCAUCUGCUAUUUGCCUUGUUACACUGUUAGCUGUGCCAGUAAAACGUAGAAUAAACAACAGUACACAUUACGUGAUCGAGCUACUUCUCUUACUGAGGCAGCUGCAUGUCUCCAGAUGAGACCGGACCAGAAAUGUGUAACGUGAGUUAAGACGCGAGGGCACCGAUCGGCGGGCGUGGGGUAGGGGGUAGUUAAAAAGGCUUUUCUAGUCUGAGUUUGAUCAGUUUGUCUUCCUGUUGGCGUGUAGUGCAGUAUCCUACAGUAUAUAUACAGUAUACUGUAGAUAUCUACAGUAUAUAUAUUUUGCAUAACUUCAUAUAAAAUUUAAAAAAUCGGCCGAUUAAUCGGUAAUCGGACCCCCCCCCCCCCCCCCCCAUAAUCGGUAUCGGCCCCAAAAAAUCCAUGUUGGUCGGGCCCUAAUUAAAAGUAAUGCUAUUAAUGAGUAAUUUUAUAGACAAUUUUAACAGACAAUAAUAUUGCAUACAGUGGUAUUGAGUCAUCCUGAAUCCCAAUUAUAAAAAUUUCCUCACCCUGACAGCAAACAGACAGAUGAUCAUCUCACAGCGCUGCACACUUUGGCAGCAAAUGGAGAUAAAGAUGUGAAGUGGCUGUGUCGGGUUAAACUGGCAUAUAACUAACUAGAAUAAUGUGUGUGAAACUUCUUUGACUCUGUUUAUCUGCAGGAUGUUCUAAAAAAAAAAAAAGUCGCUUAGCUGCAACGGUUGGUCACCUUUCCAUGGCAGUGUUAUUGUUGUUAGCCUGCGUAAACAUCAAAUUAACUUCAAACUUAAUAUUUUCAAUCAUGGAUAAACACCAGCAGUUUUCUGUCUGUAUUUGGAACAGAUGCAGAUAAUUACAUCAGUACCUGUCUAAAUGUAAGUUUAAUCUUUGUGUUGUAUUCAGCCAGUCCUGUAACUCUGACAAAGGCGCUGUGCCGGGGUUUGUUGGUGAUUCCUGUCUGUUCUCUUCCGUCGGGUUGACUUUCACUCAGCUUCUUCUGCGCUAUUUUUACGCUUGUCGCCUUCUUUUCUCUGCUGGUAACUGCUCAGUUGUUAACCACUUGUCCACCGACACUAUCGGACACUCAGGCUUUGUCAGCAGGAGAAAGAAGGUGAAAUCAGAAAUGUUGCACUUGUGUUUCUUAAACAACGGAUCUGACCUCUCGGGAUUAAUGACUCUUGUCAGGAGUUUCAAGUAUCAGAAUCAAUUAAUGCGGGGCAAAAGCGUUCAAAUUUGCCAUCACUCACACAGCUGUAAUUGGUGUUUCAGCUGACAGCAGUCCCCAUAGCGACAGAGUGGCAGUCAGUGGCUGAGAGGCGGAUCGAGCUGCUCUCAUCUGUGUGUCAGAACAGCAGCCUCAGGAAUUUGACCCACGUCUCCAUCAGCAAGUUUGUGCUGGAUCGCAUCUUUGUCUGCGAUAAACACAAGAUCUUGUUCUGCCAGACGCCUAAAGUGGGAAACACACAGUGGAAGAAGGUCCUCAUUGUGCUCAACGGUACGUAAAACGCUGAAUGGAAGUAGUAACAAAGCAGGGUUUUAAAACAUAGUGUAGUGUAGUGACUGUGGCUGCAUUUUCACCGACAUGGGAGGUUUAAUUCGUGAAUUCACUCGCGUUUGUGUUUUUGGCGUUGGCAGGCGCAUUCCCCACCGUGGAGGAAAUCCCAGAAAAUCUCGUCCAUGACCAUGAGAAAAACGGCCUACCACGCCUCUCAUCUUUCAAGCCACAGGAGAUCACUCAGAGGUUUGUGAAAUCCAGGUUUAGAUCAUGUAGUUUUUGCUCUUUAAAGCCGUGUGAGCGUAUCAGGGGAGAAAGUGCUGGAAAAUUAAACGUCUGAAUUGAAGGAACUGCAUGAUUGAUUUUAUACCAACCAUCUUGCUUUUCACCUACAGAUUGAGCACCUACUUUAAGUUUUUCAUCGUGAGGGAUCCCUUCGAGCGCGUCAUUUCCGCCUUCAAGGAUAAGUUUGUCAAGAACCCUCGCUUUGAGCCUUGGUACAAGCACGACAUCGCUCCAGCCAUCAUCCGUAAGUACAGAAAAAGCCACCGUGACAGCGACCGCGCUGCCUCCGGCCUGCACUUUGAGGACUUUGUGCGCUACCUCGGCGACACUGAAGGCCGUCACCGCAUGGACCGACAGUUUGGGGAGCAUAUUAUUCACUGGGUGACUUACGCAGACUUGUGUGCGCCGUGUGAAAUACACUACAGCGUGGUCGGUCACCAUGAGACGCUGGAGCAAGACGCCCCGUAUAUCCUCAGAGCCGCUGGCAUCGACCGGCUCGUGUCUUACCCGGCCAUUCCUCCCGGAAUCACCCGCUACAACAGGACCAAGGUGGAGCACUACUUCUCAGGCAUCAGUAAACAGGACAUCAGACGGCUGUACGCACGCUACCAGGGCGACUUCCACCUGUUUGGUUACCCGAUCCCAGACUUCCUGCUGAACUAACAGGAUUAACACUGACUCACGGACGUUUUCAUCGUCACAUUUCUCAAAGACCGAGGGGUUAUCGUAGCUGACUGUGCGCGCCUCAGAGACUGAAAUGCAGAAGAUUGCACAAGGAAACAUCUUUGUUCUUAUUUUAGAAACUGGUGUUAAAAUAACUGACAGAUUGUUGCUAUUUUGGCCUAAAGUUGCUACCUUUAUGAUAUAUAUUUAACAGUGUUUUUAAGGAGAGAGGCUAUUAAUGAAAACGGAUCAGCCGCAUUAGCAGAUCCAGUUGUGCUAUAAGCCGCAGAAUGUAUCAGAAAACAGCGAAUUUAAAGGUAGGAGACAGGCACAGAGCAGUUAUCACUUUAUAUUGAAUUUUAGAGAAUGAAGACUUCUUAUUUCAGUGAUGUAUACUCAGUAUAGCCAUGGAUACAGGCCCAUUACCCUGUGAUGUAGCUAUUAUCCUGCACUGUUUUCAAUGAGUCAUCUCAUCCAUGGACAGCCAUUUGGAUUUCACAUGAUGAGUCUUAACUUGCUGUCAGAGAUGGGGGUGGAGAUGCGCUGUAUCAAAUCUCACAGUAACAGGAGGAGAGUAAAUGACGCGCAGCACUAGUUAUUAGUUUAUGAUUUUCUUACUUGACUUUACCGUUGGUUUUUGCUCUGUUGCAAGCAUUGAAGGGGAAUGUUUUUUUUUUUAAUCUGGAGCUUCAUUUCUACAUGUUUUAGGGUCGUAAGGACUACUAGAUACACAAAUAACAUCUUUUCAGUUAAAUAUCUCCCACCUAAAGGGGUGAAACAGGCUCUAAUAUUUGCUGCUGGACUUAAAUAUUAAAUAUCAGUCACAUCAUUUUUAUUUUUUUGUAACUUAAAGCCUCAGAUUGCAGACAGAAGUCAUAUUAUUUAUUCUAAAUUCUGUAUUUUAUGAAGUGAUCAAAGUGACAAACUGAACAGGAGGUAGAUAAACAACGCCAGCCCUUCUGCAAGGCUUGAAUGAUAAUUUUUUGCCAUGGAAUUGGACGUAUCACUAGUUUAUUAUUAUUAUUAUUAUUAUUAUUAUUAUUAUUAUUAUUAUUAUUAUUAUUAUUAUUUUUAAAUUUAUUAAGACCUUUUACCCCUGUAACGUGCAAAAAAAAAAGCCAAUUGAUUUGUUUAGCACAGUGGUUCUCAAGUCCAGUCCUCUAGGCCCACUGUCCUGCCCUGCUCCAACACACCUGAUUCAAAUGAUCAGCUCGUUAUCAAGCUCUGUAGUGGCUUACUAACGAGCUGAUCAUUUGAAUCAGGUGUGUUGGAGCAGGGAAACACCCAGAACAUGCGGGACAGUGGGCCUCGACAACUGGACUUGAGAACCACGGCCCAGAUUUAAAUAUAAACCUCCUUUUGAAUCCUUGUGACACAGUAAAUCCUCUCAAAACAGGCCUCACACUGAAAAAGUUCCACAUCCUGCCCUGGUCCACACUGUAGCCUUUUUUUUUCUUCGUUUACUAAAACUGACUCGGUAAAUAACGUAUGUAUACUCGGCUGAUAAUUGCACUGGGACAAUGAAGGAAAAGUGACACUGUAUUUUAAAGGAUCAUUUUUCUAUCAGAAAUGUCGUGUAAAUGUUCUUAACAUGAUCUGCAACUCCACAUUUGUAUUACAUGUUGCUAUUUAUAAUAAUAUGGUAUUAACCUGCUGCUGAUCGGGGGCACAAACGUGGUCUUGAAUUAUUGGACGGUACUUCCUCCCUGCUGUCACCUGUUGACAUUUUAAACAGGUGGUCAGAGUAUGAGGAGGGCGACACUACUUAGUAAUAAAGUUCAUGGGAAAUAAA